AUGGAACAGAUCAAGCCCUUAGCUCCCUCAUCUCACCGGAUCAUCUUUGAAGACGAUCACGCCAUCUCCACGGAGUUGAAGAAGCACCGCAGCCUCAAAUUCAUCAAGUGUUGUGGCUGCAUCGUGGCCCUCGUGUUAAUCCUAUCUGUCACCCUCUUAGUGCUCAUUUUUACCGUGUUAAAAGUCAAAGAACCCGAGAUGAAAAUGAACUCCAUGAUGGUGCAAGGUUUGGAUCGUGUUAAUCCUACCACAAACUUAACAGUCAUAGUUGAUGUGUCGGUAAAAAACCCAAAUGUGGCCUCCUUCAAAUUUACUAACUCCACCACAAGCAUUUACUAUGGCGGCAUGGUCGUGGGGGAGGGAAGGAAUCCUCCGGGCAUUGCUAAGGCUAGGAGGACGCUUCGAAUGAAUGUCACGAUUGAUGUGAUACUAGAAAAAGUGGUGGGUGUUGAGAGAUUUAGCAGCGAUUGGAGUUCGAGAACAUUGCUUAUGAGUAGCUACACCAUGGUCGAUGGAAGGGUGAAGAUAAUUGGAGUAUUCAAGAAGCAUGUUGUGGUGAAGAUGAACUGUACCAUGACUGUUAACAUAACAAGCAGGGGGAUUCAAGAUCAAAAUUGCAAGCAUAGUGUUUUGCUCUAG